AUGGCGACCAUACGGCCCAUGACUCCCAUGGACCUCCUCAAAUUCAACCCCUGCAAUCUCGACCACCUCACAGAAACGUACAACAUCGGCUUUUACCUCGAAUAUUUCACAAAAUGGCCCUCGUUAUGCAAAGUCAUCGAAUCGCCUAGUGGUCAGAUUGAAGCUUACAUUCUUGGCAAAGUCGAGGCGUCGCCGUAUCCGCCACCUGUUGAGCCGUAUGAUCCCGGCUUCAAGGUGUAUCAGAAGGGUAAGGCGAGCAAUUACUUGCCAUGGCAUGCGCAUAUUACGUGCUUGACCGUGGCGCCGAGCGCACGACGAUUGGGCUAUGCCACGAAGCUGAGUGAGGCGAUCGAGGUCGCGGGCGACGAGCAGAAUGCUUGGUUCGUCGACCUGUUUGUGAGGGUUGAGAACGUUGCAGCUAUCAAGCUGUAUAAGAAGAUGGGCUACUCUGUCUUCCGCCGCAUAACAGACUACUACAACGAUGGCAGCGACGCAUACGACAUGCGGAAGCCAUUGAGGCGCGACAAGGAUCGCAAGACCGUCCGACCUAAUGGUGAGAACAUCAAGGUCGAUCCUUCCGAAGUCUGGUAG